AUGAACAGCACUGCAGCUGAGAAGACCAUACUGAGCUUGAUUGAUCUAUUUCACAAAUACACUGGGAAAGAUGAUAAGAUAGAGAAGGAAAACUUUUUGAAGAUGUUGAAGGAGAAUUUCCCCAAUUUCCUGAGAGCCUGUGAGCAAAAGGGUACAGAUUACUUGACUCAUGUCUUUGAGGAAAAGGACAAGAAUAAGGAUAAGAAGAUCGACUUUUCUGAGAUCCUCUCCUUUCUGGGGGAUGUAGCCACUGACUACCACAAUCAGAGCCACGGGGCACCACCCUGUUCUGGGGGAAACAAGUGA